AUUUAUACCUGUAAAAGACCUAAGGAAAUUAUUAAUUAGUGGUGUUAGUUCAGAGUAUUUGGAGCUUAUAAUUUAUUUUUAAUUUAAAUUUUUAUAAUUUAUUUUAACUAAACAAAAAAAGAUAUGGUUAAGAUUGGGUUUCUUGUUUUAACAAUUAUCGCUAUAACGGAAGGCGUAACACUUCUUCCAGCACCUUUGAACGUUGCACCUGCAGCUGUUGCUGUCGAUACAAAUUAUGAUCCGAUACCGCAAUAUACAUUCGCUUACAAUGUUCAAGAUGCAAUAACUGGUGAUAGUAAAAGUCAACAAGAAGUGCGUGACGGAGAUGUAGUUAGAGGAUCAUAUUCAGUAGCUGAUCCAGAUGGUACUAUUCGGACUGUCUUCUAUACAGCUGAUCCAGUAAACGGAUUUAACGCUGUAGUUGAAAGAGGUCCUGUAGUACAAGUAAGACCAGCAUUAGCUCCAGUUACAAGAAUAACAGGCUAAUUAAA